AUGGCUACUUCAAAGAUUACAUUCAUAAAAGACAUUGACCCAGUCAAUUCGGAUUUCACUAUCAAAGUCAAAGGAUCUCUAAUUCAAGCUAAUGUUUUCCAAAACUUAUUUUAUAAGUUUGAAAAAAGUCUUCGUGAGGGAUCCGUUUAUGAAUUUACCACCCUAUCUGUUGCAAAACACAAUCCACAUCCCAAAUCUACCAUCUUUUCUGAUCUUCAAAAUAAAAUAACCUUCAUAAGGGAAACAGAACUUAAGGAAAGUCUUAAUUUUCCGAAAAAUGUUUUUGGAUUAUCUUUUGUUGAUUUUCAGAAAAUUAAUUCCAAGGUUAUCCCAACCCAAAGAUCUGUUGAUGUUAUUGGCGUGGUUGUCUCCCGUACUACUAUUAUCCCCUCUCAGAAAAAAGACAAGCAAAGAAUCCAUCUUGAGCUCAAAAACUUGGAUGGUGUACUACUUAAGGUCACUUUGUGGGGUCAUUUUGCCAACAAAGUUUCUGAUUAUCUUGACACUCAUAACACUGAUGAUUGUGUUGUUAUAAUUGUGCAGUUUGCAAAAAUAAAUGAUUACAGAGGUAAUAUCGGUGUUGCAAGUUACUAUGAUGUCACAACUGUCUUCAUCAACACUGAUAUUGAUGAAAUCAAACAGUUUAGAGAAAAGUUGGCUAAGGAUAAUGAAUCUUCACAAUUAUCCGGUACCAUCAGCUUGAUUCGGACAAAACAUGUUUCACUCAAUGAUGAUUUCCUAAAAAAUAAUGAGGUUAAGACAAUUUACAAAAGUAAAGAAUCUGUCCAGAUUUAA